AUGAGAAAUAUAAAUGAUCUGCCUAACGAUUUGCUGGUGAAGAUUUUGUCAUCAGUUCCGACAAAAGUUGCUGUGUCUACAUGUCUUUUGUCCAAACGAUGGGGUUCUGUUUGGAAAUUGAUUUCGAAGCUUGAUUAUGACGAUUCACUUAGUGAUGCGCCUUCAGGGUUUAUCGGGAAGUUUGAAACCCUUGUGGUUUUAGGCCUCAGGAAAGUGAGCAUUGACAAUGUUCCUCCGACAACUCGUUUCCGGUCCCUCAAGACUUUGUCUCUUCUAGAUGUUUGGUUCUCAAGCGAUGAAACGGUUACUAGGCUUUUGUCUUGCUGCCCUAUUCUUGAAACAUUGAUUGUGCACCGAUGGGGCCGCGACAAAGUGAAGACUUUCGCAAUUUGUGUGCCAUCUUUGAAGAGCUUAACCAUCCGCCACAGAGUAGGGGGUUAUCACGAACCAAGAGAUGAUAAUGGAUUUGUGAUCAAUGCUCCUUCUUUAAAGUAUCUAAAUAUUGUUGACCAUUUUAGUGGGUUUUAUUCAUUAGUGGAUAUGCCGGAGCAAUUGAAAGCAGACAUCCACAUAAGACAUUGUGAUUCUGAGAAGCUUUUGGGAUGUCUUACCUCAUCUAAAAACCUCUCCUUAUGUUUAAAACCACUUGAGGGUGCAUAUCCUCACGGCGACUUUGAUCAGCUCGUGUCUCUAGACCUAUGUGUUUUGUGCUCUUUAGAUUGGUUGAAUCUUAUCCUCAGACGUUCACCAAAACUCCGAGCUCUCAGAUUAUACCAAGCAAGAGAGGUACACUGGAGCUGCAGGAAUUCCAAAAGUGUUCGUACUAAGUGGGAGCAACCGAUCGCAAGUUUUGUUCCUGAAUGUUUACUUCUGAGUCUCAGAACGGUUAAAUGGUUUAUGUACAAAGGUACAGAGGAAGAGAAGUCUGUGGUGAUGUAUCUGUUAAAGAAUGGAGACUCUUUAGAGACUAUGAGUAUUAACUUCUCAGAAUCCAUCACCUUGGAAGAGAGAAACCAAAUGAACAUGGAGUUAGAAUCCAUGCCUAGGAGGUCUAACAGAUGUCAGCUUUCAUUCACCUAAGUGUUGUGGUAUCUCAAAGCUUAAGUAUCAAGC